AUGCCUUCAACUCGAGACGGCUACCUCUGGACUCCAUCCGGGGAGACGAUCGGUCUAAGUACAAAGGCAGUGAUCAAAUCUACCCUGGAAUCUUCCAUCACAGAAACAUACGACGUAAUUGUAAUCGGAAGCGGCUUCGCCGGUCUCAUUGCCGCGCGCAACCUUAGCCGUGACUCUGGCACUCGAGUUCUUCUCUUGGAGGGCCGAGAUCGCAUAGGAGGAAGGACAUGGACAGCCAAUGCGCUAGGAGAGGACUUUGAGAUGGGCGGGACAUGGGUACACUGGAAAGUCUUUUCAAAAAUCCAUCGAUACGGCCUACAAUCCAACCUGAAGACGUCUUCAGGCACAGCUGCCGUGGAACACACAUUCUACACACCACAAGAUUCGAGGCCUGCGCUGGUCGAUACUCUUGCCACCAACAUAGCCGUCCAAGAUGUCGCGGAUGCGUUUUUCUCCAUCGACGGUCUGUCCAGCCGCGAGUUGAUGCCUUAUCCCCACGACCCAUUCCGUCUUCCCGCGCUCUGGACAAAGUACGAUCAUCUCUCCGCCAAAGACCGCCUGGAUCAACUCGACGUUAGCCAACGCGACAAGGACCUCUUCGACGCCAUGAUCAGUUCUUUUGGCGCGGUCCCCGGCAGCGAGUGCGGUUUCACUGAAGUCCUGCGGUGGUACGCUCUGGGAGGCCACUCUAUGGCCGGAACGUUUGAGCUUGCUGGGAUGUACAAGCUCGGUGGAGGCGGGAUGACUUCCCUGGCCCGAGCGAUCCUGGAUGACUACCGCGGACAUGUGGUGUUCAACGCCGUGGUUGAGAAGGUAGAGCAGCGGGGAUCGACUGUUGUGGUGUCUACGAAGAACGGACGUCGGUUCGAGGCCAAAUAUUGUAUCUCAACUAUUCCCCUGUGA